AUGAGUAAUAAUCUUAACGAAGCCCCUCAAAAUGCAGUUGAUGAAAAUUUCGAAGAUAAUGAUGAAAUGGCUUUUUUACCCGCAGAUCAUCAUUUGCUAUAAGAAUUACAAGCUGCUUUAACAAAAUAAUUAACAGAUGAACAUGAAAGAGUUGAUUAGAAAUUAAUUGAAUGCGAUUCUAAUUUAAAGAAAUUAGAAAAAACUAAAGAAGAUGUUGGUGUAAGAUUAUAUUCUGUACAAUAAUAAUUAGCUGAAAAUUAAAUGAAUUUUGAACAAGCUCAUGAAAAUUAUAAUUGGGUUUAAAAAUUAAGAGCUGAAGAGAAUGUUGUUUCUUUGGAAUAAUAGAAGAAAAGUUAAGAUUUACUCAUAAAUUAAAUGAAUGAGGAAAUAAAAAGACUUACAGAAUUAAAAACUAUAUUGACUGCAUAAUUAAUUUCUCAAAAAGAAGAAACUGAACAAGCGCGUUAAAUUUUAAAAGAAGCUCAUUUAGAAAUGCAAAAAAUUAUUGCUUCGAAAAAAAAUUUGCUUGAAAGAUGGUAAAAAUCACUUAUGACUAUGUAAAGAAUGGACAAUGCUUUGUAGGCUAUUAAAGAGGCACUUAAAGGAUAAUAAGAACUUAAUUUGUAAAUCGGAACUGAAUUAAACGGUGUGAAUUCAGAAAUAAGAAAACAAAAUGAUACAUAAGAAGUAUUAUAAGGAAAAAAAAAGAAAUUAGAUUAUGAAAGAACAUAUUUGGAAAGAAAAUAAUACGAAUUGCAUGAAGAAAGAAGUAAAUUGGAAGCUUAAAUAAAUUUAUUGACAUAAUCUUUGCAUUAAACAGAAACUGAAACAUCGAAAGCUGAAAUAGAUACAAACAGUAUUGAAGAAUAAAUGGAUUUAAUUGAGACAAAUAUAAUGAAACUUCACACAGAAAUAAAGAAGCUUUAUGAAGAUUUAAUUCAUUAAAAAUCAGAACAUACUACAAUCGAAAAAACAGCUACAAAUUUGAAUAAACAAGCUAACCAAAUUGCAAUUGACAUUGAAGAUAAAGCUGUUGAAUUGGAAAAUAUAUGUAAUGAAAUUGCCCGUGUAAAAAUUGAUCAAUUAAACACUUAAUCAUAAAUUGAAGUACUUGAAUAAAAGAAAAAAGAGGUAAUAAAGGAAAGAGAAGAAAAAGAAAUUACUGUGGCCACUUAUGAGGUUUAAAUAAGAUAAGGACAUGAUUUAAAUGAGAAAAAAUAACACGAAGUAGGAAGAUUGAAUAGAGAACAUGAUAAAUUAAGCAGUAAUUAAAGUGAUUCCAGUAGGGGUCCUUUGGAAGCCAAAAGGAAUAAUUUGAAAAGAUUGGCGGAUGAAAAAGCUUAUGAAAACGAAUAAAUGUAAAGAGAAUGGAUUAAAAAAUAAACUUUUUUAGUUAUGUAAAAUAAUAGAUAUAAUAAAUUGGAAGAAGAAGUUUCUUAAUUAAAGACUAAAUAGACUAUUAUGGAGUAAAAGAAAAUGCGUUUGAAUUAAAAUUAUAGAUCUUAUGAAAAAGAAAUUAGGGAUAUUUAAAAUGCUUUGAAAAACUUGAGAAAUGACAUGAAUAAAUUAAAUGACGCUUUACACAGAAAUAAGGAAAAAUAGGCAAAAUUGGAUAAUUAAAACUUCAAUAUUAAUUCAGAAUUCGAACAAAAGUUGAAAGAAUUCGAAAAAGAAUCUGUUAAAUUAGAAGUCGAAAUCGAUAAUUUGAAAGAAGAAAAAGCUGAAUUAUUGGCCGAAAUUGUAGAAUGUGAGAGGUAAAUUCUUUUAUGGGAAAGAAAAAUUUAGCUUGAAAAAGAAAUGCAAGAUGCAUUAGAUCCUACAGUAGGAUAAACUGAAAUUUAAGAAUUAAAGAAGGAAAUUCAUAGAAUGGAAUUGAGAUUAGAUGAAUUCAGGAAAAAGUAGGAAACUAUUAUUGCAGAAAUGGAAAGAACAGUUUAUAAGAGAGAAACUAUUUAAUUGAAAUAUAUGAAUAAGGAUAAAACUUUUAGUAGUAUAGAUAGUUAGAAUAAAUCAAAAAAUGUAGACAAUACAGCCUUAACUAUUAAAAAACUUAAUAGUUGA